AUGGCGCCCGGCAUCCUCUAUGUGACCAUGCAGCCCAAGCCGGGCCUCUCCCCAGACCAAUUCCACGAAUGGUACGAUAACGAGCACGGUCCUACGCGCCUUCGCCUACCCGACAUCUUCCCCAACGGCCUGCGGUACCGCGCGACCGACGGGCAGGCGCCUGAGUUCCUGGCUGUCUACGACGUCACGUCGAUGCACCACCUCGACACGGAGCGCUACACGACUCUGCGGGAGCACCGGUCGGCGCGUGAGGCCGAAAUAAUUGGCCAGGUCGAGGUGAAGCGAUACUUCUACGACCUACUCGACAAGCGGGAAGCCGCGGGAUUCGUGCCCGUCGAGAACCUACCCGGUGACGAGGGUCUGGGCCGUGUCACCGUCGCCGUCGAGAUCGAGACCACGGCCGCGGACGCAGCUGAGGGCGAGUACAUAAAGUGGUACACAGAGGAGCACGUCGGCAUGCUCUCCAACGUCACCGGGUGGCUGCGGUCGCGGCUGUUCAGGGCUUCCGAGGGUGAGGGCAGGAAGACGCUGCUCGCGCUGCACGACUACGCUCCCACCAACGGACUAGAUGGACCAGAGCACAAGGCGUCGAUGGAGACACCCCGGCGCACGUCCGUCUUUGAGAGGUCCGUCGCAUCCAAAGGCCGCCGAACCUACUCCCUCUUCUACAUCUUCGGCCCAGCCGCUCGGGACCUCUCAUCUCUGUCCCGCCUGCCGCCCGGAUCGACCGGCGACUUCUCUUCGGGAGACGGUCUGACCGUGACCGUCGGCGGCAGCUCCGACGCCUCCAUAUCAUCGUACAUCUCCACGUCCGACUCCCUUUCCAUCCCGUACCGUCUCGAGGGCAGCGGCGACGCCGAUGCACCCACCAUUGCCUUCUCCAACUCUCUCCUCACAUCGCUGCACAUGUGGGAUCCGCUCGUUGCCAUCAUCAAGACGGCCCGACCGGACCUGCGCAUCCUGCGCUACGACAGCCGCGGCCGGCACUCCGUCCCUCAGCCCCCCCACGCCGCCAGCCUCGACGACGUGACGGCCGACCUCGUCGCCGUCCUGGACGCCCUGCGCAUCCCUCGACUCCACGCCCUGGUUGGCGUGUCCAUGGGCGGCGCCGCAUGCCUCAACUUCGCCCUGAAGCACCCCGCCCGUCUCUCCCGCCUGGUGGCAUGCGACUUCAACGCGGCGUCCAGCCCGGCCAACACCCAGGCAUGGAAGGACCGCAUCGCCAUCUCCCGCGAGGACUCUUCCGCCGGCCUGGCCACCAAGCUCGCCCCCAUCACCGUGGACCGGUGGUUCCACCCCGACACCACGGCCAACAAGCCCGACACGGUCAAGUGGAUGGUGGACAUGGUGUCGGCCAACGACGUCGAGGGCUUCGCAAACAGCUGCACCGCCCUAUGGGACUACGACCUCAAACCCGCCAUGCCGACCUGCGACGUGCCCUCUCUGCUCGUCGUGGGCGAGGGUGACGGCAAGGGCGCCCUGGCCAAGGUGAUGGAUGGGUUCAAGGCUCUGCUGGGGCCCAACGGCGCAGAACUCAGGGUCGUGCCCAACACAGGCCAUCUCCCCAUGUGCGAGGAGCCCCGGGUUUUCUGGGAUGCUGUUGCUAGCUUCAUCACCUGA